AUGUACGACACGUCGGCGGUACCGAUUUUCACGGGACAAAACUACUCCGCGUGGAAGUUUAAGUUCCAAGUGCUCAUGAUGGAGCGGGGACUUUGGGGUCUCUUCGAUGGGACGGAGAAGAAGCCGGACGACGAGAGCGACAUCGCGGCUUGGAAGAAGAAGGACCAAAAGGCGUUCGCUACGCUAAUCUCGCGGAUCGGCAUCAACCUCGUGAGCUCGGUGCGCACGUGCAUCAAGCUCGAAGCGUCGGCGCAUGAGGCGUGGAAGCGGCCGGAGACAAUGCACGAGAACAAGACUCUCCACGGCAAGAUCCUAGCCCGGAAUGCGUUCUACACGGUGAAGUUGCGCGCGGGCGAAUCGAUGCACGAGUAUGCGACUCGUGUGGAGGAACUCGGGGAAACAUUCAUGGACCUUGGUGGAACGGUCACCGAGGAGAACUGGAUUCUCACCUUGCUUUGCGGCCUUCCAGAAGCGUGGUCGACGGUGAUUACGACACUCGAUAGCGCGCGGGACGAAGAGGGCAACGCGCACACGGCAUCCGGCGAGGCCGAUGAUUCAAAGGAGUCGCUCGUGUUAGUGGCCGGCAACGGGAACGAAAUUCCAAGCGACGCGUGGUUCCUCGAUACCGGCGCAACGCAACACAUGACGCACUCGGCGUCGCUCCUCAACAACAUUGGCGCUCCGGGAGACGUCACGAGCAUCGUGUUUGGAAACAACGAAUCGCUACCGGUGGUUGGAGUUGGGAGUACGCGUCUCAUCGUCGAUAGUGGACCGGUGGACGUCAUGAACGUGCUUCACGUCCCGGGGGUGAAGGUGAACCUUCUAUCCGUCCCGCAACUUGCGAAGAAGGGCGUGAUCGCCACCAUCGACGGUGCGAAGAUGAACCUCUUUUGGAAGGGGAAGCAAUUCGCGCAAGGUGUUCUCAACGGAGAUAUCUACCAACUCAAGACGUACCCGAGAGCGGCUUCAUCCAACAUGGCUUCAUCCAUCGUGGCGCAAGGCUCCAAGGCGACUCUCAAGGCGUGGCAUAAUCGGCUUGCGCACGCCAACUACGACUCGGUCAAGGAGUUGGCCAAGAAAGGACUUGCGAAGGGAGUCGACGUGAUCGCCGGCGACGACGAGAAGGGCGUGUGCGCGGCGUGUGUCGAAGGAAAAAUGACUCACAAGUUCCCGUCGAAGGAGAAACCUACUCAACAAGUCACCUUCAUCCUUCCGGCACGAGAGGAGGUUGAAGAAAGUGAGGUUCCAACUCAAGUGGAGAAGGAAGCCGAAAAUGGAGGGGGAGAAAACAACGAGGAGAGCGUUGACGAUGUGGUGGAGGUGUCACCUACCGAGGCGGCAACUACCUCCACACCUUCCUCCCUACCAUUGGCCUUAACCCGCGGGCGUCGUGAAGUGCGUCCUCCCCCCAAGUACAAAGACUACGCUACGGUGGCCGUUGGGGAGACGGAUAAGGAGGGCGCGGCAUUUUGCUUCGCAACCAAGGGUGAUGAUGAACAAGCAGAACCUCUCAUGGAACCACCCCCUAAAGAUCAAUCCCGUGCAUACUACGAGCAUGUCGGAUUGCACACCUAG